CAGCCUCGGGGAAGAGUCGUGUCCGUCCCCCCCGCCAUGGGUAACGCGGCCGGGGGCCUGGACGGGGCGGCCGCGGGGCGGGAGAGCCGCGAGGCGCGGCUGCCGCUGCCCCCGCCGAGCCCCGCCGCCGCGCCGCCGCCGCCCCGGCAGCCCAUGCCCGAUGCCGCCGAGCUGGAGGAGCGCUUCGGCCGCGUCCUGAACUCCAUGAACCUGCCCCCGGACAAGAUGCAGCUGCUCAACCAGUAUGACAACGAGAAGAAGUGGGAGCUGAUCUGUGACCAGGAGCGUUUCCAGGUGAAAAACCCCCCGUCCGCCUACAUCCAGAAGCUGAGGAGCUACCUGGACACGGGCGGCGUAAGCAGGAAGUUCAAGAGGCGAGGGCAGGAGUCGACGCAGGUGCUCCGGGAGCUGGAGAUUUCCUUGAGGACCAACUACAUCGGCUGGGUCCAGGAGUUCCUCAACGAGGAGAACAAGGGGCUGGAUGUGCUGCUGGAGUAUCUCGCCUUCGCCCAGUGCUCCGUCACGUACGACAUGGAGAGCGCCGAGAACGGCAGCCCGGGCUCGGACAGGGACAGGGGCAAGGGCACGGAGAGGUCACUGGAGGACCUGAGCAAGACCAGCUCCUCGUCCCCCACCCAAGGCAUCUCCAAAGUGCGGCACCUCACCAUCAGGCUGAACCCAUCGCACAGCAGGAAGGCGCUGAGGAACUCCCGUCUCGUCAGCCAGAAGGACGACGUCCACCUCUGCAUCAUGUGUCUCCGCGCCAUCAUGAACUACCAGUCUGGCUUCAGCCUGGUCAUGAACCACCCAGCCUGCGUCAACGAGAUCACCCUCAGCCUCAACAACAGGAAUGCCAGGACCAAGGCGCUGGUGCUGGAGCUGCUGGCUGCUGUCUGUCUGGUCCGGGGAGGCCACGACAUCAUCCUGGCUGCCUUUGAUAACUUCAAGGAGGUCUGCGGGGAGAAGAACCGCUUCGAGAAGCUGAUGGAGUAUUUCCGAAACGAGGACACCAACAUUGACUUCAUGGUCGCCUGCAUGCAGUUCAUCAACAUCGUGGUGCACUCGGUGGAGAACAUGAACUUCCGCGUGUUCCUGCAGUACGAGUUCACCCACCUGGGGCUGGACCGUUACCUGGAGAGCCUGCGCCUCACCGAGAGCGACAAGCUGCAGGUGCAGAUCCAGGCCUACCUGGACAACGUGUUCGACGUGGGGGCCAUGCUGGAGGACUCGGAGACCAAGACGGCGGUGCUGGAGCACAUGGAGGAGCUGGAGGAGCACGUCGGCCAGCUCACGGAGAAGCUGCAGCAUGCGGAGAACGACUCGAUGGCCAAGAUAGCGGAGCUGGAGAAGCAGCUGAGCCAGGCGCGGCGGGAGCUGGAGGCGCUGCGGGAGCAGCUGAGCCCGCCGCGGCCCCGCAGCCCGCCCGCCCCGCAGCCCCGCGACCGCUACCGCCUGGCGCUGGAGCGGCGGCUGGCCGAGCUGGAGGAGAAGGGGCUGGUGCACAUCCUGCGCGGGCCCGACGGAGACGUCGCCAUCGAGAUCGUCCCCGUCGUCAUGGAAACGCCGGCAGCCCCCGCCGGCAGCGGGGAGCCCGGCGGCAGCGGCGCAGAUGCUCCGGCUCCGGCGCCGCCUCCCCCGCCGGCCCCCGCCGCCCCCCCGGCUCCCCCUCCUCCGCCACCCCCCCCGCCGCUUCCAGGGGCUGAGCCCGGCCCCCCGCCGCCCCCUGCGCCCCCCCUGCCCGCGGGCACCGGUCCCCCGCCGGCCCCUCCGCUCCCCGGUGCCCCCGUGCCGCCCCCACCCCCGCCCCCGCCGCUCCCCGCGGGGUCGGAGGGCCCCGCGCCCCCCCCUCCGCCGCCCCUUCCCCUCGGCGGGGGGCUCCCAGCCGGGCCGGGGGUCCCUCACAGCAGCGGCAGCUCAGUGAAGGUGAAGAAGCCGAUCCAGACCAAGUUCCGGAUGCCCGUCUUCAACUGGGUGGCGCUGAAGCCGAGCCAGAUCGACGGCACCGUCUUCACCGAGCUCAACGACGAGAAGGUUCUGCAGGAGCUGGACAUGAGCGACUUUGAGGAGCAGUUCAAGACCAAAGCUCAGGGCCCCGGCUUGGACAUCAGUGCCCUCAAGGUGAAAGCCACACAGAAAGCCCCCAGCAAGGUCACCCUCAUGGAGUCCAACCGAGCCAAGAACCUGGCCAUCACCCUUCGCAAGGCUGGCCGCAGCAUCCAGGACAUCUGCACAGCCAUCGAGACGUACGACCAACAAGCCCUGAGCCUCGACUUCCUGGAGCUGCUGCUGCGCUUCCUGCCCACCGAGUCGGAGCGGGCGCUGAUGGGGAAGCUGGAGCGCGAGCAGCAGCCGCCCGAGGAGCUGUCGGACGAGGAUCGGUUCAUGCUGCGCUUCGGCCGGAUCCCGCGCCUGGCCGAGCGCAUGAACGUCAUGAUCUUCCUGGGCAGCUUCGGCGACACGGCCCAGCUGCUCACGCCGCAACUCAACGCCAUCAUCGCCGCCUCCAUGUCGCUCAAGUCCUCCAGCAAGCUGCGCAACAUCCUGGAGAUCGUCCUGGCCUUCGGCAACUACAUGAACAGCAGCAAACGCGGCGCAGCCUACGGCUUCCGCCUGCAGAGCCUCGACGCGCUGCUGGAGAUGAAGUCGACGGACCGCAAGCAAACGCUGCUGCAUUACCUGGUGCGGGUGAUCAUGGAGAAGUACCCCGAGCUCACCGGCUUCCACACCGAGCUGCACUUCCUCGACAAGGCUGGCACAGUGUCCCUGGACAGCGUGCUGCAGGACGUGCGGGGGCUGCAGCAGGGCAUGGAGCUGACCCGCAAGGAGUUCAUGCGGCAGGACGACAGCCUCGUGCUCAAGGAAUUCCUCAAAGUCAACCUGGAGGUGAUGGAGAAGCUGCAGGCUGACAGCAAAACCGCCAAGGAGGCUUACGAGUCAGCUGUGGAGUAUUUUGGGGAGAAUCCCAAGACCAGUCCCCCAACCACCUUCUUCCCCAUGUUCAUGCGCUUCAUCAGAGCCUACAAGAAAGCAGAGCAGGACAUUGAGCUGUGGAAGAAACAAGAGGCUGCGGCCAAAGAAGCAGAAUGCAGCCCCCCUGGCAGCGAGGACCAGCCUGAGGUGAAGAUGCCCGUCCAGAAAGCCAAGAGGCAGCAGAUGGACAUGAUUGCUGAGCUGAAGAAGAGGCAGAUGGUGAAGGAGCCUCUCAUCUACGAAGGGAAGGACGGGGCCAUCGAGGAUAUAAUUUCAGACCUGCGGAACAACCCGUACCGGCGGGCGGACAAGGGCCGUGGCAGCGCCAAGAAACGGGGGCAGAGCCUGCAGCCCACGCCGGACAUCGCGCUGUGACCGGCCCAGCACCGGCCCAGCACCGGCCCAGCACCCGCAGGACGUCCCGCGGGGCACGGGGGCCGCUGCCCGCUCCCGGCCGCUCCGCGCCUGCUCCCGCCCGCACGGCCCCGGCUCCGGCCAGGGCGCUCCUGGUGCUUGCUUAGCCGUGCCCCAGCUGCUCUCCUGCAGGCCUGCACGGCUGGGGGACCCUCCUGGGAACGUGCAGGGAGCAGACAGCGGGCUCCAGCUUGUCCUGGAAGGGAGGAAACCCAAAGGGGCUGCCCCAGCCCUGCCCCAGAGCUGCUCCGGUGCGCGCUGGCCUCGGGCCGGCCCCGGGCGCUGCUGUGCCCCGCUUCAGCUUGCUGGUGCCUUUGAUGCCCCGCUGCGGGAGGGGUGUGGGGCAGGGGCACAGCCGUCCCUGCACCUCUCCCCCAUGUCCCCCUGCCCUCUCUGAGCCCCGGGAGCACCUCCCCAGCGAGGGGCGCGCUGCAAAGCUCCCACGCUGGGCACUGCCCGAGCCCCAGGAGCUGGCAGGGCUGCUACUUUCUAUGUCUUCCUUCAAGUCUCCCAGUGCACGGGGAGCAGGGACUGGAACACCCCCUGUGCCCAGGCCGGGCUGCGUGGCUCACACAGGGGUGUGUGAGCGGCAGGGCGCGGGGCUGCCUGCUGUAAUGAAGCUGCUCGCGCUCGGGGCUGCGCCGGGAGCGAAGGUGUAACAUAAAUGCCUGGAAGCCACCGUGUAAAACAGCAACUGCUCCUUUGUACACAUUAUUUUUCUAUACUGAAGGCCUGUCAAUGUAAAGCAGAACCGGGAAUAAAGUGACUGCGAGGACGAA